AUGCAUGAGGAUGAUGAAUUUGAGCCAGACUAUGGACCUUUUGAGAAUGAACUACCAAAAAAUGAUGCAAUCAAUUACUGUUAUCCAAGAAACUGGCCAUCUAGUGAUUUAAGAUCUAAAAUUAGGCAGGAUAACAGGAUUAAACUUACUUUCGGCAUUCACCCAAGAAUUGUGGAGAUGGAAAAUACAUCAAAAUUAAAUGGAUGGAUUUCGGAUUUGGAAUGGCUGUUGAAAGCGAAUAGAGUGGUUGCUGUCAGUGAGUGUGGUUUAGAUAAUAGUGGGAGGAAAUGUGAUUUAGAAAAACAGAUCAAGUUUUUUGAAAAACAAAUAGCAAUUGCAGUUAAAAGAGAUUUACCGCUGGUUAUUCAUUGCAGAGGAGAUGGGCGUACGGAUGAGAUAUGUUUGAAUACACUUGUUCGGUUGCUGCCGAAAAGUUUAAAAUUACACAGGCACUGUUUUAAUGGAGAUGAAGUGAUGUAUCGGAAAUGGAAAACGUCAUUUCCAAACUGCAAAUUUGGCAUUUCACCUUUCAUCCUAAAUGACAAAAAAUAUCAAAAAUAUAGGUCUCUAGUUUGUAACAUGAAAUUAAAAGACAUUGUAUUGGAGACAGAUGCCCCGUAUCUACAUCCUGAGUUUGAAGAUUUUGGUUCACCGUUGAUGAUAAAGGAUAUCUGUGAAAAAUUGGCAAACAUUUUCUUGUGUAGCGUAGAAGAAAUUGCCAAUAUUACGACCAAGAAUGCCACAGACGUCUACAGCAUCAUUUAA